UUGGAAUUCGCGCCUGGGAGGCUUCCGGCGUCGGGCCGCAGUGUGAGUCGGGAAACGAUUUUAAACGAGGCGGCGGCGGCGAGCGAGUGAAUUGCGGAUUUUCAACGGCGGCUUUUGGCGGCUGGGCUGGCCUUGCCUUGGCACCCGAGAGGCUCCGGUGGAGCGUGCCAGGUGGGACACCCUGUCCCUUGCCUUUCCCCUCCGCGGGCAGAGGCCGACUCGGCAGGAGCGAGGGUCGCAGAGCUGGUGGCCGGGUCCGCGGAGCUGUCCCGCGGGGUGAAGUCGCAGCGCUCCCCCCGGCUUCCAGGGAGCGGAAGUGUCCCCAGUGGGCCGGCCUCGCCCUUAGCCGCCCUUUGGGCGGCUUUUGUACCUCAGGGGAUGUCAGUCUCGGCGACGUGCUGGGCCCAGCUUUGAAGAAUGACUCGUGACGCCGGCGUGGGGGACAGCGUCAUCGCGGCACUUCACUGACCAUGGAUUCUUAUGCUAUCCCAGAAUCGACUCCCAGACGAAGUACAUCCUCAAGGCUUAAAGAUCACUUUAUAGGUGCUACCCCUCUGCAGAAGCGGUUGGAAUCAGUCAGGAAGCUGACUUCAUUUGUCCCGCCUUCACCUCAAAGGAAAAUUCCCCAGUGUUCACAGUUGCAGGAAGAUGUUGAUCCUCAAAAGGUUGCAUUCCUUCUACAUAAGCAAUGGACUCUGUAUAGUUUAACUCCCCUGUAUAAGUUCUCCUACACUAAUCUCAAAGAGUACUCUAAAUUUCUGAGUGCAUUUAUUGUUGCUGAAAAGCAAAAAGGACUUGCUGUGGAAGUGGGCGAAGACUUGAACAUCAAAGUGAUUUUCUCUACUCUCCUGGGAAUGAAAGGAACACAAAGGGACCCUGAUGCAUUUCUCGUCCAGAUUCUGUCAAAAUCUCAAUUGCCAUCUGAGAACAGAGAAGGUAAAGUGUUGUGGACUGGUUGGUUCUGCUGUAUAUUUGGAGACAGUCUUUUGGAGACUGUUUCAGAAGAUUUCACCUGCUUACCCUUAUUCCUUGCAAAUGGAGCAGAGACUAAUACAGCCUUAAUUGGAACCUGGUUUCAGAAAACUUUUGACUGUCAUUUCAGUCCUUUAGCAAUCAAUGCAUUUAAUCUUUCCUGGAUGGCAGCUAUGUGGACUGCAUGCAAAAUGGACCAUUAUGUGGCUACUACUGAGUUUCUUUGGUCUGUACCGUGUAGCCCUCAAAGUCUGGAUAUUUCUUAUGCCAUACAUCCGGAGGAUGCAAAAGCUUUGUGGGACAGUGUCCACAAAGCCCCUGGGGAAGUUACCCAGGAGGAAGUUGACUUGUUCAUGGACUGCCUUUGUUCACAUUUCCAUAGGCAUUUCAAAAUUCACUUAUCAGCCACAAGAUUGGUUCGCGUUUCAACAUCUGUAGCUUCAGCACAUACUAAUGGAAAAAUAAAGAUUCUGUGUCAUAAAUACCUUAUUGGAGUGUUGGCAUAUUUGACAGAACUGGCAAUUUUUCAAAUUGAGUGAGGCCUUGUGGGGAUCAUAAGUCAUGGAUUUUAUACCUUUUUCUCAUUGAUUGAUUAAUUGCUAUGCUGAGAAGGGACUGCAGGAGAAAUGGGCAUCCAUCUCUGCAUCUGUUUCCUCACAGUGCCUUUGGAGGUGCCCGUAGAAGCCAAGAAGGAUCUAGAACAGAAGGUGGUAGGGGAUGAACCACAGCCAGGCACUUCUGUAAUAGUCAUGACUAACAGGGGUGCCAGUCUCUAGAAAAUGCUGAGUUGUUAUUUGUUGGCCAUCUUCCUAAAAAAUAUGUAAUGUUUAGUAUGUCAGACGUUUCGGAUUCAAAUGAGAGAGCUCUAAUAUUCAGUAUUUCUGACUUGGGUCUCUAAAACUUUUAGUUCCUUGUAAGCAUUUUAGACUUGUAUUGAGAGAAUUUCUGUCUUGUAAAGACAUUUUCCUAGCACAAUUUUGCUGUAGAGAACUAGCAAUCAAAAAAUCCUCUGCAAAGGAAACUAAAAAUGAAUAUGGAUUUUUAGAAGCCAUUAAUAUGCUUGUUUUUAAUAUUAUUCAUUUCUUAUUACAGUGUUGAAUUAAAUAUAUUCACUUUUAAAAUGAAGCAGUGUGUUUAUCAAUAUCUUGGUGACAGGUGUUUAAUGUUUGAGGAAUGGGAAGUCAAGGGCUUUUUCUCUAGCACAAAGGUUACAAACCAGCAAUUACGGAGAGCCAUACAGAUUGUACAUUGGAAAGGCAGAGAGUUUCUUCAUUCCCUAAUUUUGCUUAAGCACAGUGCUUGGUAAAUAUCUGUAGAUAAAAUAAAUGAAUUUUAACCAACUCUUCCAUUUUGCAGAUGAAAUGUACUAACUUUUGAGACUUGCCCUAGCAGUUAUAUCUAAAUCUCUUUUUACUAUUGAGCAUAGAAAAGUUUUGUUUUACUUUAGAAACGAUGUUUUUAAAAAUCUUGUCUGGGGGAAAAUAUCUUUAAUAGGCUAUUAUUCUAAAAACAAAAAACAAGCUCUGGAGUGUGGUAUUGUUUUACAUUAGGAACAGAAGAGGUAGUAGAAAAAGCAUGGGCAUUGGAGUCAGACAUUCAUUCAUUCAACUAAUAUUAAGCUCCUACUUUAUACUUAGAAUUGUAUUGGGUAAUAAGAAUAUAGUAGUGAAGACAAAAAAAGGUCCCUACCCUGUGGAAAUUAUAUUCUAAUGGAGGAAGGCAAAAGAUAAUUUCAUAUGGAGAUAAAACCCUAUAAAGAAAAUAAGGCAAUGAGAUGAGAAAAAGGGUGAGUGGGAUGGGCCUACUUUACUUACAAUUGUCGAAGAACGGCUCUCUGAGGAAGUGACAGGGGAGCUGAGUCCUGAGUGAGGAGCAGGAACCAGCCACGUGAAGAUCUGAGGACGAGUGUGCUAGGCAGGUGACACUACAGGAGCAAAGGCCUUGGGACAGGUAAGGGCUCAGUUUGAGGAACAAAGGGAACGUAUGGCUGGAGCACAGUAAGAGUGGAGUAGUGCGAGAUGGAAGUGAAGGGACUAUGCAGCAGAAACUUCUUCCAUGGUGUUAUGACUCCCAACUUUUGGCUGGGCACAUGGCUGCCCAGAAACAGGAAGACAUUUUCCAGCCUUUCUCAGAGGUCUCUUAAGUUCUGACCCCUGUAAGUGGAAGCGUUAUGUAGAGCUUUCAGGAAUCUUCCUUAAAACACAGCAAGCAUGUACCCCUUGCUCUUUUCUUCUUCCAACUUCGCUGCUUGGUACACAUGUAAUGACUGGUACUCUAGCUGCUCUUUUAGGUCACAGGGAUGAGGGUCAGUCCUAAAGACCGGGGAACAUGGCCUGGAAGGAGUUUGUGCCCUGAGGACUUUUAAAAAUAUAUGUAUUUUUAUUGAUUUCAGCCUCCUGCAUGCCCCCUACUGGGGAU